AUGAUGAAGGCAUUGAGCUAUGUGUUGUUGAUGCUCAUGUGGAUCUUUUCUGGCCUGGCUCAAGAUGAUUUUGAGGAGUGCCCUGAAACUGAAAGACCAUCUGUAUGGAUUGACAAUGCUCCUGAUUGUCAAGCCAACUCAACCUACUGCGACCAUUUCGGUUUGGAUUACAUGUGCACAAACAACAUAACAGACGACACCAACGCGUGCUUUGGAGGAACCAAAGUGAUGUGCCUUUACCCACCCACCACGCCCCUAGCAGCACCCCUGCCGGCCACCACCCUAAAAGUGAUCGCCUACAACGUUUGGGAGCUGAAAUAUCUAGUCUCGCAGAUCGGGCAGAGAGAGCGAACCUGCCGCAUCCCCCAUGAACUCUUCAAACAACAACCUGAUGUGGACGUGAUCGUCUUCGAAGAGAUGUUUAUGGGUGGCUGUAUCGUGAACGUCAACAACUCCCUGACUGUUCGUGAUAUCCUCACAGACUACGGGUUUGUCCACUACACACGGACCGUUGGGGACACCGAGGCGCUCCUACCCUCGUCACGAGCAGCUGUACUCGCAAAGCGUAACACCACGGCGGAUAACGGCGGUGUCUUCAUCACCUCACGAUGGCCCAUCAUCAAGGAAGAGCAAAUGGUCUAUGAAAACUUUGACAAGACCACUUCUGAUGCCCUGGCUGCCAAAGGCGUGAUGUAUGCCCGCAUUCAAAAAACUGUCGAUGGAUCGAGCAAAACUUUUAACAUCUUUGGCACCCACAUGCAGGCAACCGAGAAACCGGACUCCCCAGGAGUUCGAGUUCUUCAAGCUCAAGAGAUGCAUAACUUUAUGGAGCAAAUGAAGAUCCCUGCUGAUGAACCGGUGCUCUAUGCAGGCGAUCUGAACGGGGACUUGAUUGGUAAACAAGAAAACGCCUUAGCAAUUAUCGCUGCUCUGAACUCGUCUAUGCUAGAACGUAUAGGACCGAUUACAGUCACCUACGAUAAAGAAGACAAUGACAACCUCGACCCCAUCAUAGACAGCCAAAGCCAGUUCUUGGACUAUGUCCUUACCAGCAACGCACACGAGCAGCCCUCCAAGGCAACUCUCGAGAUCAUUCGCCCCCGGAGUGACGACGCCUUCACGGUGUGCAGAAAAUGGCGCUUCUUAAAAUUCUUCCAGUAUCCUCAUUCGAAAGACUGUGGAGUGACCAAAAGGGUGACGGACCUGUCUGACCAUUACCCAGUAGUGGGCAUACUGGAUUAUUCGAAGGAUGACGUCACGUUCAGCAUGUCUACAUCUCCAGAGUAUGUUGUGUUUGCAGAUUCUUAA